CAAACGGGGCCAAAUUAUCAGUAUCGGAAAUCUAUCAGAUAACAGCCCGAAAAGGGAUUUCAGAGACUUCUAAAUUAAAGUUGAGGGAUGCAUAUUGAUUCUAAGGUCCAUUAGGAAUUGGGAACAAGUGUUAUAUUAUAUUUGACCCGAUAAAAUAAAAUAUACUUAAAACAGUCCGGAAAAUACAACUUUCGGGGCAAAUUGCACACUUUGGGACAAAUUAGGAUGACCUCCCACAUGGGUGGGGGCCACCCCACGAAAUUGUCAACCCUUGAGGGCUGGAUGAGUGCCAAAUUGGCUGAACAACAAUUGAGAGGAUGGGGGAGACACCUUUGACAUGUUGUAGACCCCCUCCCUUUCACUCAUUGCCCAAAAGGAGACAAAAGGGGCAUUCCUACCCAUCCCCUCCUCAUUAGUUCGGCCAGCAGCAAGGGAAAGGAGGAAAGAACCUCUGCAACUUCAUCUCCAUAGCCCCAAAUCCGAACUCAAGCUCAAGGGAGUCCAAGAAGAAAGUUUAAGAAGGAAAAAGCUAGGAAAAAGUGUGAAAAUUAAGGAACCUGAUUUAAAGUAUUUUUGAGCCUCUCCGGAGUUUCGUCGGAGUUGGUCAAAGUUCGCCGGAGUUGGUCAAAGUUCGCCGGAAUUGGUCAAAGUUCAAUCGAGAAACGUAGAACGCGCUUAAGCUUAAUUAAGUUUCAGGUAGAACUUGAAGGUUGCUACCACCAGCCGCUGCUUCGGGAGGUUUCUGAGGAGAAGACUUGCACCAAACCCAGAUCUACCUAUGGAUGACAACAGAGUUAUCGCAACCGGUGGGGCCGGUAAACGGAAAAAAUCCAGGAAGAACCCCCAACCUACUCCCUCCAUUAUUCCUGCUCUGGAUGCUGCCUCUUCUCAACCGCUUCCAGAGCCAAUACAACAGGUCCAUCAGGACCAAUUCGAGGCCAUGCUGGUCGACGAUCGGUUCGGCUCUGACCAACUGCAUCAAUUCUCCCAGCACUUUGACUCCGUUCGGGGGGAACCCUCGAAUGCAGGUGAGACCCACACCGACCAUAUUACCGGUCAGGUCGAGCGGAUCUCCUUAUCUGAUCCUGUCCAUGAGGUAUUAGAAAGGGCUGGUUCUACCGCGAGCCAGAUCUGGUCGACCUCCUCUUGGUUCAACAAUUUUUCCCUUCCUCAGUUGCCGGUCGAGCAAUCUGAAGAAUGUCUGGCCUUGACCGCUCAGAAGAUGGGUUUGUACACCCUUCAAAUGCGGGAAGCCCGUCUGGCCAAGGAACGGGAACUGAUUGUUGCCCAGUCUUCUGCUGAGCAAAAUGAUGCUGCCGCCAUCACCUCUCUGGAGGCCGAACGGAAGGCCUUUGCGGAGGAGAAACAGAGGCUGGAUGCCGAACUUGGUACCCUUCGGGUUCAACUUGCAGCUUCCCAGGCUAAAGUCCUUGCCGCUGAGGCCGCACAGGUCAAGUUUGAAGAAAUGCCAUCCAGCAUCCCGGACGGUCCCUAUGAAGUGAACGUGGAUCUGUCCGCCGUCCGGGAAACAUUCAAAUCCUCUGAUGAAUUCUCCAUCAUCAAGGAUGAUCACGCAAGGACCCAAAUCCCGUUCGCCUUUGGGGCGUACUUGAAGGGUUUCCCCAAAGGUGCUGGUCGGCUAUCGGCAGGGGUGGCCCUCUUGGACAAGGAUCCCGAGGCCAAAAAAUGGAACGACUCCAUUGUCACAGACCUUUAAGGCAAAAUUGGCCAGGUCUUGCUGCGUCCCUUCGUUGCUCAGCUUCAAAAUAAUCUGGGGAGGCCGGUUCAGGCUUCUGAUCUUCCCAAAGAUGACAUUAUACAGGCUCAGUUCGAGAAAUUUCUGCGAGCUCAGCAACGGGAAGCUGAUCGGGCUGCUGGGAGGGAGCCUGAACCCUCGUCUGAUGUUGAUGAGGACGAGGACGAAGAGGGAGAUGAAAUGGCCCCUGGCCAAUAAUUUAUAUGUACUUUUUAAUUACUUGUUGUAAUUUUCCUUUGUCUAAGUAGCUUGUACUUCCCGGUCAGUAGAACCGAUGAAUAUAUA